AUGUUUGAGGGCUUCGAGACGUUCGAUAUCACCACGCAGACAACUCCCGAGGUGAGGAUACAUGGUGUCCAGAGCAAAGGCGGUGGGCGAAAUCUCCCGCCUCUGCUUCUCCUGCAUGGAUUCCCACAGACUCACCACAUCUGGGACGCUGUCUCUAAUCGGCUGCGAUCAAAAUUCGACAUAGUUGCUCUUGAUCUUCGCGGAUAUGGAGAGUCAUCCAGUCCGUCCGACCUGUCGAACUAUGCAAAGAGCGCCAUGGCUAGAGAUUGUGUCAAGGUUAUGGAGACACUCGGCUUUGAUUCAUUCUUUAUCUGUGCACACGAUCGAGGGGCAAGAGUCGCGCAUAAGCUGUGCGUCGACUUUCCGGACCGAGUGAGAAGGGCGAUUUUCCUGGAUAUUUGUCCCACCCUGGCCAUGUACACGUCGACGAACUUUGAAUUUGCCCGGUCUUACUUCCACUGGUUCUUCUUGAUUCAGAAGGAGCCGCUUCCGGAAACGCUAAUCUCACAAAAUCCCAGACGAUUUGCCGAGUUGUUCAUGGGCGGAAGACAAACCAGUGGACUGGACAUCUUUCAGCCCGAAUGCUUUGAUCGCUAUGUCCGCAAUCUCGGCGAUCCAGCCAUCGUGCAUGCCAUGUGUCAGGACUACCGGGCAAGCGCUUCUCUGGACAUGGACGAGGCAAGAGAAGACGUUGAGAACAAUCGCCUCAUCCAAUGCCCGUUAACGGUUCUUUGGGGUCGUCACGGGGUCAUUGAAAAGUGCUUUGACGCCGUGUCGGAGUGGAAAAGGGUUACGGCUGCGAAUGUGCCUGUAGAAGGACACAGCAUCGAUUCGGGCCAUUAUAUUCCGGAGCAAGCGCCUGACGAAGUUGUCAUGGCGAUCGAAACGUUCUUCUUGUGA